AUGGAAGAGAUUAAGAUCACUGAAGAGGUUGCCAAGAAACUACUCAGCUUAGUGGAGGAGCUUGAUGAUAACCCCAAAUCAGUAGAGUUCAGACAGCCAGUGGAUUGGAAAUCAUAUGGACUUACUGAUUAUCCCGUUAUAAUCCAAAACCCAAUGGACAUUGGAACAGUAAGAGAGAAACUGAAGAAAGAAGAGUAUAAAACUAUGAAGGAAUGGGAUGAAGAUAUCUCAUUGAUCUGGAACAACUGUAAGGUCUACAACAGAUCUGGAAGCGACAUCUACAAGCAAGCUGAAUUUAUGGAAAGACUGUACAAGAAGAAAGUAGGCCAGUUAAAAUAAUGAAUUGGUAUCUGGUGAUGAAGCGAUGGCUGACAAGAGCGAUGAAGAGACUGACGGAGACGAUGACUCGGACGGUAUCUCAUUUGAAGAAAAAAUCAACCUGACCGAAAAUGUAAGGAAGUUAACCAAUAAAGGUCUGACAGUGUUUGUGAAGUAUGUAAAAGAACAUUGCCCUGCUGCUGUUUCAGACGUUGAUUCAGAAAAGAUUCAAGUCAAAAUAUGUGAUAUUGACAAAGAGACUUUUGAAGGUGCUAAGAAGUUGGUAGAUGAUCAUAUCGCUAAGCAACAAGAAGAAGCGACUUAAUUUUUUGGAAAUAUCUUAUAUCAUUAUUUAA